GUUUCAAAAGUGAGUCGCUCUCUGAGCAGCAAGUGGUUGUGGCUACUGUGGCGUUGUUAUCCGCCGCGGAAGUAGUGAAGAAGACCGUUUUUGUUUAGAUCGUAGUUUCAGAUUGUGUUCCACCAGACACCAUGAAGAAUUUAGAGCCGCUAAGUGUGAUCACUGUGACAUGCAUUUUCCUAACCUGCCUCUAUCAAGCAAUGGCCAUCAAGUGUUAUCAGUGUAGCACCAGUGAGGAUCCCAAGGGCGAAGACCAAUGUGGAGCAUAUGCCUACUAUGACAAAACCAAGAAUACGGCUGUUGAGUGCUUGGGGGAAGAGGCCAAGGCACUAGGCACCUUCUGUUACAAGCGUAUCAUGCAGGGGCCAAGGGGCUUCAUCUGGGAUGGCCGGUGGAGAAGUGUGGAGCGGCGCUGUGCCCAGAUCUCGGAGCGGGGUGUCAACUGGGGUUGUGACUGGGGCUACCACGAAAAUGGCGUCUACUGGGAGGAGUGCUACUGUGCUGAAGAUAGCUGCAAUAGUGCUGACCACCUUAACGUCCGUUCACUGCAUGCCCUGCUGGUGUUGUGCGGAAGCCUCGCAUUGCUUAGGCACCUUAAUUUCUUCUGAUUGGUGACAACCGAUCACAUUGCUUGUCCUUGCACUACUUAAUAUGCCUUGUGUAAGGAGAAAUUUCCCAAAACUUGGUGACCUAGGCUGGAAGAUGCAUAGAAGGAGUCUUGUGGUUUUGCCUUACUCCUAACCACAUAGGUCUCAUGCAUUGUAUUUUAUGCUCUUGCAUCCUAAUUCUUCUCAGUUGACACCGAAUCAUUUGAAUUUCUUCCAUAAGUGACGUUUUAUUUUUGCAAUCAUGUGCAGCUAUGUACAUUUCUGCUGGCUAUUCAUGGCAACAUGGGAAAGAGCCUGUUUUACUAGGAGGACGUUGAACACGCACCCAUGAAGAUGAGCGUGCUGGAAGCAUAUGGCUAAUGGUUUUGCACUUUUGUUGGAAAGUGGGCUUGGUGCUUCAAACCUGUGUGUGUGUGUAGUAUUAUGAAGUAAGUAGUAUCACAGUUAUGAUGGAUUCAGUCUGUGUUGGAAAGCACAACACUUUGUCAGAUAUACAGCGACAUUCUGAAAAAAGUAAGAAAAAAAGUCCCUCAGCAAUUAGAGGUUAUUAUUUAGUUAUUGCUUGAAGUGCAGUCCUGUGAUGCUAAAUGCUUCAGACGAUUUCAAGCAUGAAGUGCACUUUUUUUUCACUUCUAGAUGAAGGCUUGUAGAAAUGCUAACUGAAAAAAUUAUUACGCUGAGUUUGUUUUAUUAUAACCACAGAUUGUAAUGCUUCGCCCACUUUGUACACCUUAUUCUUUUAUUGUGAGAUUUGGCAUUUCAAGAUAUUACCAAUUUUUCUCACUUUGUGCAUCUAAUUACACAAAUACCAAUAUAUAGCUGGUGAAGCAUUAGAGUUUAAGUGCACCAGGGCAUUUUGUGUUCUAGAGCUUGUUGCACAAUUCCUUACCACAAAAAUAUUUGAGUUGAGCUUGUGGACAGCCAAGUGUGCCCAUUCUCUGUGCACUUGUGGUAAUUGGUUUUGCUGUGCAGAAACAUUGUCUCCUAGCUAAGUUGUAAAGGAUAUUUGCACUGGAAGGCAGGCAUAUCGCCAGGUUUUACAGCAAAGCUGUAUAUGGCUAGCCGAUUCAUUCGUCCGUCGCCUGUGCGCAGAAACUUUUCAUCAUCAGCAAUGGCUAGAGUGGUGGCGUCUUCUUCCACAGCUGACUCCGUUGCCGCUCAUCAUUCCAGCGUAGAAUUUCACUUCUCUUCUGUUGUCGUAAUGGGGAGACUGCAUUUGCGGGGGUAUGAGCCAUUCAUUGUCGUAUGUGAUGGACAGAUAUAAUUUUGAAGAAUCGCAAGCGGCAAUGCGACAACGGCGGACUGCACGCAUACUGUCAGUGACGUCGUUUUCUCCGUCGCAGCCAAACGUGUGUAACCUCAUUAAGAAACACAAAGAUGUAACCAAUAAUUGAGAAAGACUUUAAUGUACCGUCGGGAUUAACCCAGUGAUAAACACCGGGGCCGCACGUUUCAGUUUUGCUGGUUAGCCAUCUGUACGAAGUACUUGGUGGUGAUUUUUAUUCCAUCUCUAAGGUAGUUCAUAUUCAUUUGAAAGGUUGAGAAGAAUUCCAUAAAUAUUCUUUUCAGCUAUGUGGGAAAGUUGACUGUUGAAUUUUUUAUCUAAUUCUUAGAACAAUGUCAUUGGAACCGUAGUAUGCACUGUGACACAUAUUUAUCUUGGUUAGCUAAUAAUUGUAAUUUAAUUAGUGUGGUGCCAGUUCACAUUUUGUUAUAAGGGCUGGUGCAGGGGACUAUGAGAGCUGACUGUGUUUUGUUGCUGAUAAAGAGUUUAACUUCAUGCUCUUCUUGAGGCUUCUCUGUGGGCCAAAAUACAUUCGUAGCACUGAGUAGCAGUUAUAAUUUCCUGUCGGUGUUGCUUUUCAGUGAAAGUGAGUACAAAUGUUUGCUCAAAGGUUACAAAGAAGGCUGCCUAUUCGAAGUUUUUUUGCGAAAGUGCCUGUAUACAACAUGUGCCCACCUCUUGCUGCCUUGUGUUGGUUGUGUCAUCUACUGAGAAAGAUUGUCAGUGCGCUUGUGCUCUCUGUCUUGAGGUUGUCAUGGUAACUUGCUACACUAAUGUGUGUCCUAUAGGACACUGAGGGAGUGAACUCUAUUACGGCACAUCAGAGUGUAGCCUGGAUGUAAAAAUACAUUUACAAGUAUAUUUUAAAACUGCAGUGACGCUGCUUCUAACUUGUCUCCAGCUCUCAUUCCAGAGUGAAUACAAACCAGAGGGGACACCAAUAUGAAGAUGCAUAGAGUUGAAAAGACAGGCGAGAAGUGUUUCUGUCUGAAUAACUCAAAUAAUAGUAAAAAGAGGGCAGACAUGGGAUGCAUACACUGUUGUUUCUGGUUGUAAGCCAGAAGAGCUGGAAGAGAAAUUCAUAUGCCGCCUUUUACCCCUCAGUAUACAAAAAGCCUUGUUCUACAGACCAUUAGUUUUGAAGAAGGGGCUGGCAGCCCUUUUGUGCAUGUGAAUAACCACUCAAUACCACUUUACCCUGCUACAUUGAAGCCAGAAAAACAUGGAAAAAUUCAUUGCUUUCUUUGCCUAGUAUACUUAUAUUGAGUGCUUUGUAGUGCAGCCUUCUUGAGACCCAUGUUUUGAUAACGCAUUCCAUUUUGCUUUAUGUGCAGUGUUUUCAAAAACUUGCACUCACAUUUUUCUGAAGUUUUUACACAGGUACUCGCGUAAAUAUUUUUGCAUAAAAGUUCAUCUUAAGAGUGUUUCUGUCCAGUAGGUGUUUCCCAGUUGAGAUUUAUGCGUGCAUGUUUGUCUCACAGAUAAAGUACUAUUUUGCAAGAACUAUUCCGUCCAUGAUGCCUAAGCGAGUAUGAUAGGCAGUACAUACUUCAUUAUGUCAUCCUUCACACACUCUAAACAGGAGGAGUAGCCGCAGUGCAGAAUACAAUUACUUGUUUUUGUGAUGAUCACCUUGCUCAUCUCCUUCACUGGAGAUGCUAUGAUGUUUAACGAAAAUAUUUUUACGUGCAAGCGUAAAUGGCUAGGCGCACCGAGGGCCGUUCAGGGGUAGUGUGAAGUCGCAAAGGAAACGGAGGAGGAGGGCGCCUGGAGGUGGAGAAGAGAAUCGCGCGUCGGGGAAAGUACGAAGGAGUGCACUGAGGCAUGCAGCAAACCGACGCCACCUAGAGGAAAGUAGGGCUUUUACUCCGGCGGCUGCUGCUUAGGGCAUGGCCGCAUGAGCCCUAUCUUGAAAGCAAUCUGCAAUGUGGACAGUCUAGGCGUCAAGGUGCACCAAGAGCCGAUAGCUUCAUGUGCGCUAAAGCAACCAUAUGCUUGCGCUGCACCUGUGUUCACGAACUGAAACAUCACUAACUUUUUUUCUUUUAGUUUUUUAUAAUUGAAAAAAAUGGUACAGUUCUUAUUCAGCUGUUAUUUGAAAAUAUGCCGUUGAAGUGGUUUGAACUAGUUUACUUUUGUUUGUUUAAUCGACAUGUAGUGUUGAUGGUAGUAGCAUCAAAUACAUUUAUUUUAACCAAGAAUGUAUGGGAAACGAAAGAAGUCGAAAGCUUUUUUUCACGACAUGAAUGAAAGCUAUGAAAUUUACUUUGCCUUGUUGUUACAUGCUACUGGGCAGGAGUUGCAGUUUGAUAACUUAGCUAAAGAAACUGACUUUGUUGAGUGUGAUUAGCGAAAAUGCAUAAAGCGCAGCAAAGUGUAUAUGACAUUAAAUUUUGUGAAAGGAAGGGCUCAGUACAGAGAAGGUGUGCUAUACACUUGUGGAAAAAACGACAUGGCUCGUGGAGCGCUAGGCAAGAACUGAUUUAUUUGUCGCUGUACGCACACCAUCGAAAUGUUCUCUUGUGCAAUUUCUUCAUCGUCGGCACCACCGCAGUGGGCUCCUUUGAAAACGGAGUCAUCCCAACGCACAUGCUUGGGGAUGCAAGAUGAGGACUGGUCUUGCGCCGUUGGGCCUAUUGAGGCCCUAGCAAGACAAUUUUUGAAGAAUCCAACAGAGGAGCAGCCACGUGAGCUUCGACAAAGGCACAUUCCAGCUGGUGCAGAUAUACGACAGUGUUGUGACCAUUCACUCGCAGAGUUGCUCUUAUUUCUGCGUGACAACAAGAUACAGACCAGUAUACGGUGCCUCGAGAGUGCGGCGGGUGGAGUUGAUGUGAAAGAAUACAUGUGUGCUGUCUCGUAGGUGAUGUUAGACAAAUGGCGACUUGUGGUGUUGGGCUUGGGUAGGAGGAGUACGUGGGCAUGUGAAAGGUACGCUAGUUGGUGAGCAUGAGAGGAGUUGGGUAUGUGCCCUGAUGCGGCCACGUUAGGAGGGCAGACUAGCUCUGUUGGCAGUCAUAAGGAGGGGCCAUAGACGAGGUGGGAAGGCACACAACCAAGGUUUUAUUUAAUGGUGGUGCGCAGCUCCAGAAGUAUAAUUUGAAGAGAUGUGACUCAUUGGUUGCAGCUGCUAUCAGCCAUAAAAGCGCAACUUUGAGCUGGUGAUGGAAUCACUGAACGAGGUCAUUGGCUUGUGGGUGGUAUGCUGUAGCUCUGAAGUGGCUAGUACAGAAGAGUCUUGUCAGCUGCUGGAAUAGGGCCACCUUGAACUGUCUGCCACGGUUGGUUACAAUCUCAGCCGGAGUCCCGAAAUGGGCAACCCAUGUGGAAACAAGGGAAGUGGCAACAGUCUCCACUGUUACGUUUGAUACUGGUGCAGCUUCUGGCCAACGCAUGAAACGGUUGAUGAUUGUCGUUAUAUAUUGGGAUACCUUUGAAGGAGGGAAGGGUCCGAAUAAGUCAAUGUGAUUGACGCCGAAACGAGAGUCUGGAAGAGCAAAUCUGGCCAGUGACAUAGUACAGUGCCUGUACGCUUUGCAUUGUCGACAAGUAAGGCACAUGUGCCCAGUUGGGCAUAUUGGCGUUCAUGUCGGGCCAGACGAAACAUUCUGCCAUGAGGUGCUGGGAUGCGCGAAUCCCGGGAUGUUACAGACAGUGAAUCUGGCCAAAGCAAGACGACGUAGUAGCAAUGGAGCAUAAGGAUGGUGACGUCCAGUAACCUCAUCAAUGUUGCAGAUGAUGGAUAUGCUGUGAUUGGGAAAGUAGACAUCAUGGAAGUGCAAUGAUGAAGAAGGAGAUGAACUGAAGAAUGCAAAGUUCCUGAUUGUGCUCUUGUAACUCUACUAGACGCUGAAGCAUAAACUGGGUCAUUGCAAGGCUUGAAACGUGGCUCAGUGUGUUGUCGGCACCUUUCAUAUGCCGAAAAUCAGUAGAGAAUUCGGCAAGGAAAGCCAAAUGACGUGUUUCUCUCACAGAGUAUGUAGCUUUCGACAAGGUGAAGGCGUUUGUCAAAGGUUUGUGGUCUGUGAAAAUGAUGAGUGGGCAUCCUUUCAAAAAGUAAUGGAAGUACUUGACUGCAAGGUACACUACAAGAAGCUCUCUGCCAAAAGCGCUGUAGUGCUGCUCCAUUGGUGUUAGGUGCGUCUAGAUUUUGUGGCGUUGUUUACCUGAAAUGGAGCACCACAAUGUACCCUGUGCAAAUUCCGGGGCUGAUCCUUCUCAACGACAACUAGUUGUCGCUACGCUGUCCGCCUGCCUUCUCUCCACAUGCAAAACCCGGACCUCUGGUUCCUGCAGGCGGAGGAGAGCUCCGAAAUAUCACGUUUGUGUCAAUAAUGUGGAAAAAAGGGGUUUUGUGGAGCACUAGGCAAGAACUGAUUUAUUGCCUGCAGUGUGCACGCCAUCGAGGUGAUCUCUCAGGCCGUCCUCUUCAUCGUCCUGCGCCGGCACAGCAGCGUCGCCACUCACUCGGUAUGUGUGCAAGGCAUACCUCUGGGCGAUUCAAUGUAGAUGUGACAAUGGUGACUUAUCUCCUCCAAUGGCACAGCACCCUAUUGUUCCCUUGGGUCAUUAAUGUCAUUGUAAUUGUGCACCAGGUAAUUGAAAGCAGCUGUUUAUCAUUUACAAGCUCUUCAGUUUACGGACGUCAAGUUACGAAUGGCAUUAUGUGCGUGUAUCAGAUAAUGUAUACAAGUCCUUUUUCACCAAAUUUGACUCUACACAAACUUUAUAUCAGUUUGUGUAAAAAUGAGAAAAUAUUCAGGAUUUGAUUUGGAGGUCAUUUUUUUCAUAUUCAUAUCUGAUUAGAAAAUGUUACUAUUCAAACACCCCUAAUUCUAAUUCAUUCUGGAUUUGCUCUAAACUAGCUAUUUGUUGGUUUGCUUUUUGAUUUUAUUUUUCUUAGAAAUUCAAAUGUCUGUGCAGCAUAACGAACUCGUGUGCUAUGCUUCACAUAUGUCUCGGGUGCACAGCGCCUCAUUCAUGGGUCGCUGGUAGGCCGCACCAUUUCUGUGCACCUUGAGGUUCUUCACGCCAAGUACUACCAGCUUAUGCGAAAUUUUUUUAAAAUUCUUCAUAACCCUUUUACAGAGACAGAGCUUUUGUGAUGUGGGACCGAUUUGUGUACUUGCUACCAUGUACAGUCAUGGACAAAUGAAGCCAAAACAAGUAAUAAAAAGUAGAACACCUUUUGCAAGUAUUAACUUGAGAGCGUGAUUUCACACCGCUACUUAUACGGUUGCCAAAGAUGGGAUAAGCCCCACAAUAGGCGUAGAAACCGUAAUCAU